UAUUGGCCAAUUGUGCUGCUGUAAUUUUUUUUUUUUAACUAAGCAAUGUUUAAGUAAUUUUCGACGCGUCAACUGUCAAUGCGUGCCUUUUAAUGUUGUAAUUAAGUGUGUCUGUUAGUUUAUCUGAAAAUUUGCAUUUACAUUUCAUUCAUUGUGUGUGUUCGUUAUACAUAGCAUUAGACAGUGGGAUACGAUGAUUUCUACCGGGCUACGGUGCUUUUGUUUCAGGUGCUAGACAAAUGCCCCCGAAUCCGAUUAAUCCAUUUUCCAUUUCAAUGAACAAUUCGCAAUGUUUAAGAGGCUGUAAAUAAGGUAGUUUGUUUCAAUAAAAACUGCUCUGAAAAUACAAGCAGGUUGGCAUCCAGCAACCACACGUAGGGGGACAGGACAGGUGCAGUACGCACUACAUACAUACGCACACACACACAUAAGUAUAUUCUCACAUACGUCUAAGCAUCAGCAGCAGCAGCACCAACAACAACAUCAACAACAACAAUGGCUAGCACUACUACCACCACGGCAACGCCAAUGGAAAUUGAUGAAUUCAUAAAUGGAGCACUUGUAUCUUGGCUGGAGUCGUGCCUGCCUCGAGCUGAGAUGUUAGCCGGUUACACUUCUCUACUAGAUGGUUUGAUCAUUCACAGUGUUUGGCUACAAAUUGAUCCGGAGCCUCAAAAUAAUCCAACUGAGCUGAACGAUGUAACUGGUCAGGCACUCAGCAAGGCGAGAGCCAAGAAUUUCGAAUGCAUUGUGAGAAAUUUGAAAUCUCUGUUUGAAGAGGAACUCGGCCAGACCAUUUUGGUGCUUCCCGAUGCUUUUACACUCGGUUCGUAUCCGGAGAGUAAGCAGGGACUAGAGCAAAUGAAAACGCUGCUCACACUGCUUCUCGGAGCGGCCGUCCAGUGUCCGAACAAGGAACUGUUCAUAGCUCGUAUUAAAGAGUUGGAUGUAGAAACGCAACAUGCCAUAGUGGCUCUUAUUAAACAAGUGACCGAUAGCCAUAGUCUGGUUCUUACUGAGGAUUCUCUGGAGCGCCUAACACCGGAGCACAUGUAUGGGCAUAUUUUGCGUCUAACUAAGGAGCGAGAUCAUAUGUAUUUAAAAUGGAUUGAAAUGGUUUGCGUGGAACCCGAACUAAAUUCCAGUGAAACAGGUGGAGUGGGUGAAUGUGGUCAGGUUGUGGGCGGAGUAGGUGUUAGUUCACCCUCUAGCAGUGGUACUGCUACUUCAACCCCCUCCUCUUCCUCAAAUUCGGAAAGUAACCAUCUCGCUGUUGAAUGUGCCGACUUGAGGUCGAAAAACCGUAAACUAAGGCAGGAGCUUGAGGAAAAAUCGGAGAAUCUUCUUGAGUUGCGUGAGGAACUGGAUGCAAAAAAAGUACGUUUCGAUAAGCUACGCCUAGAAAGUCAGGAAUGGUUUGCCGAAGCUAAACGAGCAGCUGCUUAUCGCGAUGAGGUAGACAUUUUGCGAGAACGAGGGGAACGUGCCGAUCGCUUAGAGAUUGAGGUCCAAAAAUAUCGCGAAAAACUUGGCGAUUCCGACUUUUACAAGUCACGGGUAGAAGAAUUGCGUGAGGAUAAUCGUGUGCUUCUGGAAUCCAAAGAAAUGCUUGAAGAGCAGCUGCAGCGUUAUCGGAAGCGUUCCGAGCAUGCCAUUACCUUAGAAUCGGAGAUUAUGAAAUAUAAACAGAAGCUCAAUGAUAUGGCUCUGGAGCGGGAUGUAGAUCGCUCCAAGUUGGAAGAGCUUCUUGAGGAAAAUGCUCAAUUGCAGUUGGUAGCCAAGAAUCUUAAUUCAUCAACGAUGACACAGGAUGUUGAUAAGUCGUUCUCUGACAAUGAAGAAGAUGAUUGCAAUUCCGGGGAUAAUAGCCUGUCCGAGCAGUUAACCAACAAUGCACAAACACGUGUUCUAAAAUUAGAGCUUGAGAAUCGUCGUCUAAUGGCCGCCUUAGAGCAACUGAAAGAGAGCAGUUUCCAUGAAUCGACUAGCAAAAUGUUGGAGCUGGAGAAGGACAAAAAGAAGUUAUCCCUGAAAUUAGAACAAAUGCAGGAAAACAUACUGAGACUUACCCAACAGAAUGUGGAACUGGAGGGUGUAUUUAAAAAUGCCCUGGAAGAGAAUAAAAAAUUGCAGGAUGCCGUCGAUAGCCGCCAAAAAAGUUAUGAUCGUCAGAGUCUCGAGCGUGAUCUGGAUCGUCAAAAGUUAGCAGAUUCAGAGCAACAAGUGGAGACCCUAACAAAGGAAAAGUUACGUUUCCAAACAUUAAACGAAAGCAUCCAAAGAAGAGCUGAAGAUUUAGAAAGAUUAGUGGAAACCAAGUCCAAAGAACUGGACUUACAAAAAGAGAAAUCCCAACAAUAUGAGGAGUGCAAGCAAAAGCUAUAUGAGAUUGAGCUGCAAGUGGCCACCCAAGAACGGGAGAACUUGAGUUUAUUGAAGGAGGUGGGAAAGCUGAAAGAAAGCACUGAACAAAAAUCUGUGGAAUUAGACGAAACACUCAAUUGCUUGGAAAUAAAAUCGAAUGAACUGUGCAGGUUAACCAAACUGGUUGAAGAUUCAGAGCAAGAGCACCAAAAGCUAAUGGAAUUGGAAAAAAUCAAUCAAGAAUUAUCCAGCCAGAGAGUGAUCGAUCAGGAAAUGAUUACAACUUUGAGAAAUGAUCUAGUUACUGGUACUUUGGUUAGCAAGAAGGUGAAACACAACCUUGAGCAGUUAGGUCUUAGUCAAGAUGAGGGCCAGGGCGAAGGCUUGGAUGUGGAGCAAGUAGUAGAAAAGCUAGUUCGCAAUCCAGAGACCUUUAAAACUGUUAGGGAGAUAAUGUUAACUGUUAAUCGUGAAAGAGAACAAGAAGAGGGCGGCCUUAAGUCGGAUAUGUGUGUCCUUUGCCACCGCCAGGAGAUUUUCACUGUGGAAAAAAAUAUUGACUUGGUAAUUGGCCAACCUCAAUCGCAGGAAUUAAGUUUUGAACAUAAGCCCAAUCGUGACUCUUCAGAAAUUUUGCGUCUAAAGGACUCGUACGGAGAACUGCAGACCGAAAAUGCUCGUCUAAGUGUAGAUAUAGCAACUCUAGGAUCACAAAUCACUUCCUUAAAUACCCAACAUGUCGCUUUACAGUUGGCAAAUUCGCAAUUAGCUGCUGAAAAGGAUUCUCUUCUAAAGGAUAUUGAUUCGUUGCAACAAGAGCACAAACAUGCUAUGCAGGAUCAGGUCACAUUGCAGUGUCUUCACGAUCAGCUAUCAGCGGAAUAUGAAUCCCUAAACAAAGAUAAAGAACAGCUCAAGGCUGCUGUCAGGGAUCUACGACAGGAACUGAGGGAGACACGUGAAAAUUUAGCUUCUCUCGAACAGCGUAUUGAAGAGUUGAGCUCGCAAAAUAACAGCUUGAAAACAUGCAGCGAGGAUUUGUCCAUCCUACGAACGGAACACUCCAAGCUAACUGAUGAUUUUCGUAAUCUAUUUGCCACCAGUGAUCGGUUUAAGAAUGAGUAUAAAAAUAUACAGGAACAGUAUAAAAUGAUACGCAUGGAGCACAGUGGUCUUAAAUUGCAGAAUACGGAAUUAAGUGGCGAACUUAAUUCUAAAUCCGACCAAGUAAGACUCUUACAAAUCGAAUACACUAAAGUUCAACAGAAAUGUGACAUGCUCAUACAAAACAAUGCUGAAUUGGAUUCGGAACGAAAGGCUUUAAUGGAUAAUACGUCACAAUUGCUUUCACAAUAUCAAGAAUUGUUGGCCAUGUCACUCGAGGAUAAAAAGCACUUCCACGAGGAGGAAAAGAACUAUGCGGAACGUGUGCAUAGCCUGAAAAGGCAAAAAGAAAAACUCGAAGAGAAGAUCAUGGAGCACUAUAAAAAAUCGGAGACCACUGUCCAAAAAAAGAAACCAUUUGCCAGCAGCCUAGUUAGACGUGUGAAAAAGGCUAGCUCCGAUUUGAUGAACAAAGUGCCAAGUCGUAAUCGGCGAUCAUGGGUAGAUGAUGCUCGUGCCAGCUCUCAGUUUGUCAUUGGCUCUGAAUCGGGCGGCAAUGAUUCGGAUAAUAGCAAUGAAGAGCCUCUCUCAAUAUCCUCGGAUACUCACCUGUUGCAAAGGAAUAUUCCUUUGCGUCAAAGCUUGCAGCGAAGUCUCGAGCCGCCCGAUGUGACGGGCAGCAGUUUAACUCUGGGCACUGCCGGAUCACGCCGUACUGUGUAUUUAAUUGAUGAGCAAGCCACAGCAAGUCAAUCCGCGGCGACUGCACCCUCUGGCAGCGGCGGCAGUGGAACAACAACGCCAACACCCAGUAACAGCAACAAUAAUACUGCCGAACCCCAAACGCCCCAGAAAUCCGGCCACAUUGAAGGCAACAGCACUGCCGGCCAAACUAGCAGUCCCGGACCAUCGACGUUUCUCAUGUACAAUCGCAUUAAUACCAGCAUCGCUGGAGAAUCCACGGCAAAUGACCAUAGUCCUUUGCUGCAACCGAGUGGUGGCGGCAGCGUCAGUGGACAAGAUGACAAGUCAUUGCGGAAACGCAAUGAGGAUAAAAAUAAUAGCAUCUGGUAUGAAUAUGGUUGCGUUUAAAGAUAAUAUUACGAUAAUCAUUAUACAGUAUACGUCCAAACACAAACAUUUUCGAAUUUUGUAAUGCAUUUGCUGACAAAGUAUUUUUUUUUGUUUUAAAAAAUAACGAAUUUAUCUGUCAAUGCCUUAGUGUAAAGUGCUUCUUAAACUAGCUAUGAUUUUUGCCUUAAGAUGAAAUGUUUUACCAUUUAUAUAUAGUUUAUAAUACCGUAGAUUUAGAAAUCUAGAUUAGUAAGUGAAAACUCCAAAAAGGUAUCGAAGAGACUAAGCAAAAGCAUAAUCGAUUAACUUAAAUAGUAAGUAUACAACUUUAUACCAAUAAUGUCAUGAAAUUGUUGAUAUCCCAAAUGAAAAACGUGUAAUGAUCAGUGGUGAACCUUAAAGAAGCGAUAUUAUGUUAUGUUAGUGAAUAUCGUAUUUAUUUUAAUUAUCCAUCCCAUUUAUAUUGAGCAGGAUGAACUUUUAUAUGCUUUUUUAAAAUUGUGCAACUGUAAAUAAUAUUAAUUAAUGAGCUCUCUAAUCAUUGCUAUCAACUUUACCUUUUAAAAAAUGGAAAAAAACGUAUGAUUUUUGGAAUACUUAAUGUUUGUAUGUGUUAUUUUAUGACAUGAUGGUUAGAAUAUUAAUUCUUGUUCGAAUACCGCGCCUCAGAUUGUAUAGAAAGUUGCGCCACUGAUUAUAAUCUGUUUUCUAAUUGAUAAAGAAAGCAAGGUCAAAAAGUACGCCACGAUCGUACCAAUUGAAAUUAAUUUAUUCUUGUAAUUGUUAACAUCUAUUUCAAAAUUCCUAUUAUGUAUUAAUGAUGUCUAUAUCGCUGCCUAAAAACUUUGAUGCUUAAGUCGCUGCCUAAUAACUUUGAUAAAUUGAUAAACUCGAAUAUACUUACACACCAUAUGUAUUCCUAUGUUGCCUUCAUAUUUUUGUGCAUAACUCAUAGAUAUUUUACCAUAUUUAUAAACACGUACACAUACAUACGUAUAAUAAUUUAUUGAACGCAAUAAAAACAGACAAAUUGUCUGCAAGUAUAUAAAAAGACAA